CUCAGCUUCUUUCCCCUGUGCCCCCGCCCUUUCUCUUCCCGGUUUUCCAGUCAGCUGGUGGGUCCAGCCUGGUGGCUGCUUCCGGGAGAAACGCGGUGCAGGGCGAGUCGGUCUUAGCUGCUUGUCAUGUCCUACGGUCCCUUAGACAUGUAUCGGAACCCGGGGCCCUCUGUGCCGCAGCUGCGGGACUUCAACAGCAUCAUCCAGACAUGCAGCGGCAACAUUCAGCGGAUCAGCCAAGCCACUGCUCAGAUAAAGAAUUUGAUGAGCCAACUAGGAACUAAGCAGGACUCAAGCAAGCUGCAGGAAAAUCUGCAACAGUUACAACACUCUACAAAUCAGCUUGCCAAGGAAACAAAUGAAUUACUGAAGGAAUUAGGGUCCUUGCCCCUUCCCUUAUCUACUUCAGAACAGCGCCAGCAGAAACUCCAGAAAGAACGCCUCAUGAAUGACUUCUCUGCAGCCUUAAACAAUUUCCAGGCUGUGCAGAGAAGGGUCUCUGAAAAGGAAAAAGAGAGUAUUGCCAGAGCAAGAGCUGGAUCUCGUCUUUCUGCGGAGGAGAGGCAAAGAGAGGAGCAGCUUGUCUCAUUUGAUGGCCAUGAGGAGUGGAACCAGAUGCAGAGCCAGGAGGAUGAGGUAGCCAUCACCGAGCAGGAUCUGGAACAUAUUAAAGAGAGGGAAACGGCAAUUCGGCAACUGGAGGCUGACAUUUUGGAUGUCAAUCAGAUAUUUAAAGAUUUGGCCAUGAUGAUCCAUGACCAAGGUGAUCUGAUUGAUAGCAUAGAAGCCAAUGUGGAAAGCUCAGAGGUGCAUGUAGAACGAGCCACUGAUCAGUUACAGAGGGCUGCUUACUAUCAGAAAAAGUCUCGCAAGAAGAUCUGUAUCCUGGUGCUUGUCCUGUCAGUGAUUAUUGUAAUCUUGGGACUUAUUAUCUGGCAAGUUAGUAAAUGAAGUGAUUGCCUCAGAGCCUUCUCCUGCUGACCUGUUUUCAAGGGCAACUGCUUGUUAAAGUUUUGCCAGAACAAACUGAUCUCAAGAAGAAAGCAUACACCAGAACGUCCUAUGAUAAUUUAGUUAGAAGCUAACUACUAACUAGUCCUUGGAAUUAAUGACUUUGGAGACAGUAUCAAUUUAUGUAUACAUUUUAUUGAUUUCUCAAAUUAGGAAUUAAUUCAUGUGGAUUUUGCUUUCUCUUGUAUUCUGAUCACCUUUCAUCCCAAGUAUUUACUGAAAAUUCCAUUUUAGAUAUUGUUUUGACAGGUGACACUACAGUCUUGUAAUAUUGUCUUUUUACGUGUAUAUAAGAUUUACCUUUUUACUGGCAACUGAGGUAGAAUUAUUUUCUGGAACCCAGCAUAUUGGAGUUGGUCAGGUACUAUAUAACAAGCCAGCACUUUGUAUUAUUUUACAUUUUUAAUUUGAAUUUCUGAGAAGUCUGUUCUCUAUCUGCUUUGAAAGAUUUUGGCCAUGUAACUAGAAAGUAAAAAAUUGCACAUGUGAUCCAGAUUAAAAUUAUCUAUUUGAGCUGGCCAGUUGUUGGGGUACAUGUUAAUAUGGGUUUAAAGCUUAUUAUCUUUUAGUGCCGUCCACAACAGCUCAUCCACACUAAACCAUCUCAUUCACUUUUUGAAGAGGUUAAUUUAAUUAACAUUACUAUAUUAUGUGGGGGUCCCUCUCCCCCUGUCUGUAUAGAAAGGGAGAAUUAGACAAAGCAUGCUUUUGGAAAGCGAAUAGAAAUUGUUUGGAAUGAUUUAAUCUUUUUGUUGUUGUUCACUUGUGGUUCUACAUUCCUGGUGAAUAAUGAAUGUUGCUGUCAAAAGGCUACUACCCCCAACCCUGUAAGGGUUGGUGGGCAUUUGAUGUCAGGAAGAUUUUAAAAGCUAGACUGAAGUUGAUUUAAGAUUUAGUCCUGUGAACCUGGUAAUAAAGCAAAGAAAAGGUUCAUUUUUAUAAAUAAUACUGGUUUGGAAUAGUGGUGUCAGACUUACCCUAAUUUAUGAACAAGAGAUUUAAUCUCUCCAUGAAUAGUUUUAGACAAAAAAUGUUUCAAUAAAAGAUUGCUGUCUUGUAAUAUAAAUGUUGUCCUCUUCCCUUUUUCAGAGGUCUAGAGCAGCUAAAGGAAUAUAAUUUCUUUAGGCUCUCACACAAAUGUGAAUUUCAGUUCAAUAAUUUCAGUUCAUCCUUUAGUGAAUUAGAGGAUUUAGCUAUCCUGGAUAUAUUUAUAUUCAUUUCUUCCACUCCCUUCAGUGUUACUUAAUCUUCUUUAAACUAAUGUGAAUAGUGGGUAAACAAGGGCCCAAUGCAUACGUUUCUUUGCACUCUUUCACAAAUAAACAUCUUAAAAACUUUCUUAGUAAAUUUUUAUGAGUUAAAUCCUAAUGCAGUAGGUAUUAGAUAAUGUGCUAUCCAGAGAAAAACAGAACUGUAAGAAAAUCAGGUGAGGAUUGGUUUAGGGGUGGCUUCGGUGCUGCUUUCCAUUCCUCGAAAAAGAGGAUGGAGCUAUUGGGGUGUCACAGGGGUCCACGCAAUAGUUUCAGAGCCAGUUCCUUGUUUCUACAAUCACUGCUCCUUCAGCUGCAAAUUACAGCUACACUUGGAUAUAUCAUUUGUAACAUUACAGCAAGAAAAAAGUUGAUUGUGAAAAGCGAUUUCAGUUUAGAGAAAAUGAAUCUACCGUAGUUGUAUUCUGUAAUACUUUGUAAUCCAGUGGCAGUGGUAGUAGUGGUCAUGGGUAGCAAAUACGAAUUUGGCCUGGAGUUUAUCGUAGUUGCCAAGAGGUUCUGCUAGAUGGUCUGAAUAAACCUGUUCACAGAAUCCUUCUCUUUGCUCUGUUCAUCAUUUUAGGAAAACCAUAGGCUAGCACAGUGGUUUGUAACCAGGGUUUCACAUUAGAAACUUAAAAAAUACUUAAACCUAGGUGCCUGUGUUACAGGGUUCUAACUUAGUUUGGAGUAUAUCCUGAACAUGGACACUUACAAAAGCUCCAGAUAAUUCUCAUGUGUAACCAUAGUUGAGAAUCAUUGGUUUGGAGGUCAAAAACUAGAGAGUGGUAGAGAAGGCCUGAAUAAUUUUAUCUCUGCUAUUAACCUGCUAUAGGUAUUUGACAAGUCAUUCAACCCAUAGGCCCCAAGUUUUCUCAAUAGCUCUUUUCUAGCUAUAAAAUUCUGUGAUUAUAAGGACCACAGGGGUUUGGUCUGAACAUAGAAAUUCUAUGUUUGUCUCUGUAUUCCCCUCCUUUUCUCCUCCCCCUUUCUCCUUUAUGGAAUGUUCCAGAAAUACUGGGCAGAUCUAGCAUUCUCCAAGUGAGUUAAAACUGUAGUACUGUACUAGGUAAAGUAGAAAUGUCAUGCUGGCAACUUCACCUGGGGAUGUUCUAGAAUGAGAACUUGUUAGCUGCUAGAGUGAUGCUCCCAGAGCAGGUUUGUUUUAUUUUGCUAAAAGGUGGUGAUACACUGCCUUGUACCAUUGGGUAAAAUCAAAUUGAAAUUACUGUUGUAUCAGUGCAAAGUAAAAUGCCCUGAACUUCCACCAUUUUUUUUUAAAUUGAAGUAUAACUGAUGAAAUAUUAUAUUAGUUUCAGGUAUAUAACAUAGUGAUUUGAUGUUUAUAUACAUUAUAAAAUUAUCACCACAAUAAGUCUACUCACCAUCUGUUACCAUACAAAGUGUUUAUUAUAUUCCCUAUGCUGUACAUUACACCCCUGUGUUUUGUUUAUUUUAUAACUGGAAGAUUAUACUUAAUCCCCUUCACCUAUUUCAUCCAUCCCUUACCCCUCUCCCCUCUGGCAACCAACAGUUUGUACUGUUUAUGAGUCUGUUUCUGUUUUGUUUGUUAAUUUGUUUUUUAGAUUCCAUAUGUAAGUGAAAUCAUGAUACUCAUCUUUUUCUGACUUGUUUCACUUAGCAUAAUACCCUCUAGGUCUAUCCAUGUUGUCACAAAAGGCAAGAUUCCAAUCUUUUUUUUUGGCUAACAUUCUAUCACACACACACAUCUUUAUCCAUUCAUCUAGUCACUGAUGGACACUCGUUGCUUCCAUAGUUUGUCUAUUGUAGAUAAUGCUGCAAAGGACAUAGGGGUGCACAGAUUUUUUGAAUCACUGUUUUCAAUUUCUUAGGAUAAAUUCUAGAAAUGGAAUUACUGGAUCAUAUGGCAUUUCUAUUUUUAAUUUUUUAAGGAACCUCCAUACUCUUUCCAUAAUGGCUGCACCAAUUUACAUUCCCACCAACUUUGUAGGAGUGUUCCUUUUUCUUCAUGUCCUCACCAAUACUUGUUAUUUCUUGUCUUUUUGAUAUUAGCCAUUCUGACAGGUGUGAGGUGAUACCUCAUUGUGGUUUCGAUUUGCAUUUUCCUGUUAAUGAUGUUGAGCAUCUUUUCAUCUGUUUGUUGGCUGUCUGUAUGUCUUCUUUAGAAAAUGUCUAUUCAGGUUCUCUGCUCAUUUUAAUUGGAUUUUAAAAAAAUAAUGAGUUGUAGGAAUUCUUGUAUAUUUUGGAUGUUAGCCCCUUAUUGGAUAUAUCAUUUACAAAUAUCUUCUCCAUUUGGUAGGUUGCCUUUUCAUUUUGUCAAUAGUUUCUUCUGCUGUGCAAAAAGCUUUUAAGUUUGAUACAGUUCUAUUUGUUUAUUUUUACUUUUGUUGUCCUUGCCUGAAGAGACAGAUCCAAAAAAUAUUACUAAGACCAAUGUCAAAGAGCCUUACUGCCUGUUUUUUCCUCUACGAGUUUUAUGCUUUCAUGUCUUACAUUUAAGUCUUUAAUCCAUUUUGAGUUUAUUUUUGUACAUAGUGUAAGAAAGAGGGGUCCAGUUUCAUUCUUUUGUGUAUAACUUUCCAUUUUCCUGCCACCAUCAAUUGAAGAGACUGUCUUUUUCACAUUCUAUAUUCUUGCCUCCUUUGUUGUAAUUAAUCGAUGGUGUAAGAGUGGGUUUAUUUCUGGUCUCUCUGUUCUUUCUAUUCCUGUGCCAGUACUGUAAUGUUUUGAUUCUGUAACUUUGUAGUAUAGUUUGAAAUCUGGGCACAUGAUACCGCCAGCUUUGUUCUUUCUCAAGACUCCAUUUUUUCCCCCUGCAGCUCCAGAAGCUGUCUUUACUCAUGAGAAUGAAACUUUUGCUUCUGGUCACUACAUGCAAACCAGAACCCAACUCAGAUUUCAGUCUAUAUUGUUUCCUAGAGCUAGGAAUCACCUGCUUCCUCACUGCUUUUCUAAAUAUGUUAAGUGUAUCCCUAGAUUUCAAAGGAUUUUUCAAUAUUGUUUUCUGUGCUAUGAAAUACAACUACUUUAAACUCUCUGUCUUAACUAUGAAAUGGUUUGAAAGGUUUUGAUUCCAAUCCUACUUUCAGGCCAACUGAAGUAGUUCAUUUUACUGCUUAACUGAAAUGAUAUUUGAUUGACAAUGCAGCACUUAAUUUUCAAAGGAUAAACUUGAAACUAUAGAAUUUGUAAUGUUAGAUUGUGAUCAAGGACCAAGUUUUUACCAGUCCAUGGACAAAUGAGAAAAAUGAUGUAGUGAGUCUGAACUAAUGACCUUCCAACUUUAAAAAAAAGAUAUUUCAAGAUUAUAAAAAUGAAAAGGUAGUGUUAGAUGGCAGUCUGCAUUUUUAAAUCUCCUUAGUUGGCAAUAUAAAAGUUGAUGUUCCUAUAUUACUUCUGUUUUUCCUGGCCCAUGACAUCUCUAGAGUCUGUGAACGCUCAUCUAGACUAGACCCAUCAUUUAAUAACUGAGGGAGCUGAGGCCAGGAAUGGCAAUCUAAUACAGGAUUAAAGGUUUGAGGAAGUGCUGUGCAUGCAAAUAGUAUUCAUAGGGUAAUAUUUGAGCCCUUACUACCAGUAAUUUACUAUGCUACAUGUUAAACGUUUCACAUUUUACAUUUAUAAUUUUAUAGCCACAGAACCACCUAGGAGAUGUCUUUUUCUUGUCUCCAUGUUUUAUACAGUAGUAAACUGAGGCAUAGUAAGUAACCUGCCCAUAGACACAUGAUUUAGGAGUGGUGGAGCAAUGAUUUUAUUCUCAAGCACUCAGACUUAAAUACCACACAUCUUUAAGACACUGUACACUGUCUCCAUGCAUCACUGAUAAAAACUAUCCUGCUCACCACCUCUUUCAUGAAGCUUUCUCUAAAACUGGAGUAGAGGCAGUUUCUACCCAAUGUUUCAAGAACAUCCUCUGUCAGCACCUUGUGAAUUUUCUAUUUCACCACCCAGCUUACGUGAAGCCUCCUGCUUUAGCUGUCUAUACACAAUCACAUUUUUUUCAGUACCUCUAUUUUGAUCACUCAUAUAUCAAAGAUGUUUGAAAAAAGGUUUCUGACAUCAAUAUGCUCCUAAUGUCUUUAGAUUCUAUUCUAAGGAAGUCUUAAAGUCAAAGAAAUUAAUCUUUAUAGAGAUAGCAAAAUCCAAAGGCAGCUAGCCCAUCAGUCUUUCCAUUUGAACAGGUUAAGGGUCUAGACUGCUGUCCUCCAGUUUGCUGAUCUGUACUGACAUCAUUGGUGCCCAAAGAGCAUUUUGCUUUAUAAGGCCUAGGUAAGUGUAAGGUGUCAUUACAUCAGAGGCUAGUGUGAAUUUCAGCUGUGCUAGAAACAGGGAACAUGGCUAAGGAGUAAAGAAUUAUAAGGGUAAGAAUAUAGCUUUAGGUUUCUUGGGUGUAUAGUCAGCACUUUAGAAAAGAUUAAAUAGUGGACCAGACAGAAGCUGAGAAAUUGAAAGGCAAAGUUAACAAAAUGUUACCAGGUUAUUGACAGCUAGAAGUGAUUUCAACACAAUCUUAUGCCUGAAAAAGGGUAUGGAACCUCAAAGGCAUACAUAAUUUAUGUACAUAAAAAGUACUUUGUUCUUUUCUGUUACAAUCAAAACACUUUUGAGACUAAUUCUGUCUCAAGACCCAUGUCCUUGUGUUCAAAGUGGGGAGCACAUAGCCUGCUUUCUCGAAACUAAGUUUAGAAUUUGUAUUUUUUCCAUCAGUCUAGUCGUUCUUUGGAUCACAAGGCUGGAAAGGAUAUUAACAAGUCAUUUGAUAAGUGAUCUGAUGAGCAGUUAGCAUCCUUGGGAUGAGUUUAUUGUGCUUUUGAGGGCCAGAGGAAAAGGUUAUUCCCCUACCUGCCUAAGAGUUCAUUAAAAAAUCCAAGUUAGUAUUACGGUGCAGUUAAAUAUUGAUGCCUGGAGAUGUCACCAAGGGCAAAGUCUUGAACAGGCUGAUGAUCAAUUUAAUGUCUCCACGACUGUUAGCAGGGAGUCAAAAGAAAUAACUUCAUCAUAGAGAUAAAUUGCUGUGCAGUGCCUCUUUCUGGGUGAACAAUAACUUUGCAAUUGGUUUCCUUAAAAAAGAAGAUAAUCCAUAUUUUCUACAAAAAUGAAAAUGUGUUGGGUAUCAAUUGCAUGUUGAUAAUAAAUAUGAUUGUAACAACA